GACGUCAGAGAGCAGGCGGCCCAGGGCGGGGCUCGGCGCGGGUGAGUCACGCCGCUCCGCUAGGCGGGGGCUUCGGUGACCCAGGCACAGACCACGGCGGCCCCGCGGCGGCUGGGACCCCUCAUCUCCGCCGCUGCCGCGCCGGACGCCCCCGGCCGGGACCGCAGCCUCGGCCCAGCUCCGGCCCCAGCCGCAGCCGCAGGACCCCGGUACCACCAUGCAGGGGGUAGGAGGCCCCCUGGACUGGCUGGCGUCCGGGAAUGAGAGUGGGGGGGAGUCCCCCCGGGACCCCAGCCCAGCCUCCCCUCUGCCCCUGCCCACAGCUUGGGAUGUGGCGCUGUGUAUCUCGGGGACCCUGGUGUUCUGUGAGAACGCGGUGGUCGUGGCCAUCAUCGUGGGCACGCCGGCCUUCCGGGCUCCCAUGUUCCUGCUCAUUGGCAGCCUGGCCUCUGCAGACCUGUUGGCCGGCCUCGGGCUCAUCCUGCACUUUGCCUCCAAGUAUUGCAUUGGCUCCCCCGUCCUGAGCCUGGUCCUGGUGGGGGUUCUGGUCACCGCCUUCACCGCCAGCAUCUACAGCCUGUUGGCCAUCACCGUGGACCGCUACCUGUCCCUCUACAACGCGCUCACCUACUACUCGGAGACCACGGUGACCAGAACCUAUGCCAUGCUGGUGCUGGUGUGGGGGGGCGCCCUGGGCCUGGGCCUCCUCCCCGUGCUGGCCUGGAACUGCCUGGGCGACCCGGCCUCCUGCGGUGUCGUCAGCCCCCUGACCAAGAACCACCUGGUGGUCCUGGCUGUGGUCUUCUUCAUGGUGUUCGGCGUGAUGUUGCAGCUCUACGCCCAGAUCUGCCGGAUCGUCUGCCGCCAUGCCCAGCAGAUCGCCCUCCAGCGGCACCUGCUACCCGCCUCCCACUACGUGGCCACCCGCAAAGGCAUCGCCACCCUGGCCGUGGUGCUGGGGGCCUUCGCCGCCUGCUGGCUCCCCUUUGCCGUCUACUGCCUGUUGGGUGACUCCCACUCUCCCCUGCUCUACACCUAUCUCACCUUGCUCCCGGCCACCUCCAACUCUCUCUUCAACCCCAUCAUCUAUGCCUUCCGAAAUCACGACAUCCAGAAAGUCUUGUGGGCUGUCUGCUGCUGCUGCUCCUCCUCCAAGUCCCCCUUCCGCUCCCGCUCCCCCAGUGACGUCUAGUUGGGCCCCUUCCUCCUGCCCCUUCUGUUCUGCACCUUCAGAAUGAUGUGUCUCUGACAGUUCUGUCAGCCUCAGUCUCCCCUCUUGCCCCCCUCCCCAGGCACAGGAUUCUGCUGCUUUGGAAUGCUUUGUCUGAUGGGGAAGGGUUCCUUCUCUUCCAGUCCCAUCCCUGCUCAGAUCCCCCAGGCUCCAGCCGGGGGAGCUUUGGAAGUGCUGUGUCUUGGAGGGUCUGUCCCUCUCCCCACCCCGUUUCCUGUGUCUUAGCUAAAAAGCCAGUGAGUUUUGUGUGUGAUGAGUCUGUCCCUCUCCCCAUCCUGUUUCCUGUGUCUUUGCUAAAAAGUGAGUUUUGUGUGUGAUGGAUCUGGGAACCCUGUGCCAUUGGGCCACCUGGAGAGAGAGAGAGACAGAGACAGAGAGAAUGAGAAAGAAAAGAGAGAUUUAUGUAUAUACACAUACAAAGACCCUAUUUAUUUAUUUAUCUAAAUAUUUAUUUAUUUAUUUGUGUUGGUGGAUCUAUUUAUUGGGGGGAGGGGUAGAGGGAAGGGACCUUGACCUUGCAAACCAAUCCCUGUCACCCACAUACCUUUGUUCUUUGGAAGGGGGGAGGGGGGAGGGAGAGAAACCAUUUAUUUUGUUAAUUUUGAUUUUUUAAAACAAAGUGAUGAGACACUAGAGCCCCUGGCCUCCACCCUUCACCCCUGACCUCUCACCCUCAACCCCUGGAGGUCUUCAGGGGCAGAGGGAACACACCAGCUUCUAGGGGUUUAUUUUUUUAAGCCAUCCUUCCAAGGAAUGGAGAAUUCUGGACAAGUUCCCUUGGCUCCAGCCUUCUUUGGAGCUGUGCUGUCCUCUGGUGGUUACCAGUGGGAACUGCACCCUGCAGUGCCAUGGCGUUGAAGUGGGCGUCUUUUUCCCUCUCCUUCCCCCUCCCCAAUUUCUUCUCUCUUCCACAUCCACAGUGGGCAACUGGGUACCCCACCCCUCGUGCAGGGUCACAAUCAUGGCCGUGUGGGGGGAGCCCACCACUAGGGGGGCCAUGGGACCCCACUCCUUGGAACCCCCUCACCUUGGGUACAGUCUCCCCUUCUCAGUGCCACAACCCCCUCCCCCAUCUCCUAUACUUUUUCCUGCCCAGAUUCAAAAUAA